AUGAGGCAGGGCUGUGGCAACGUCCGUCAGUGUGGUGGAACAUCAGGGAGCAGGGCUGUGACAACGUCCGUCAGCGUGGUGGAACAUCAGGGAGGCAGGGCUGCGUCAAUGGCCGUCAGCGUGGUGGAACAUCUGGGAGGCAGGGCUGUGACAAUGUCCGUCAGCAUGGUGGAGCAUCAGGGAGGCGGGGCUGUGACAAUGUCCGUCAGCCUGGUGGAACAUCAGGGAGGCGGGGCUGUGACAAGGUCCGUCAGUGUGGUGGAACAUCAGGAAGGCAGGGCUGUGACAACGUCCAUCAGUGUGGUGGAACAUGAAGGAGGUGGGGCUGUGACAACGUCCAUCAGCGUGGUGGAACGUCAGGGAGGCAGGGCUGUGACAACGUCCGUCAGCGUGGUGGGCCAUCAGGGACGCAGGGCUGUGACAACGUCCGUCAGUGUGGUGGGACAUCAGGGAGACAGGGCUGUGACAACGUCCGUCAGUGUGGUGGGACAUCAGGGAGGCAAUGCUGUGACAACGUCCGUCCGCGUGGUGGAACAUCAGGGAGGCGGGGCUGUGACAAGGUCCAUCAGUGUGGUGGAACAUCAGGGAGGCAGGGCUGUGACAACAUCCGUCAGCAUGGUGCACCAUCAGGGAGGUAGGGCUGUGACAACGUCUGUCUGUGUCGUGGAGCAUCAGGGAUGCAGGGCUGUGGCAAAAUCUGUCAGCAUGGUGGGACAUCGGGGAGGCAGGGCUGUGACAACGUCUGUCAGCUUGGUGGGCCAUAAGGGAGGCAGGGCUGUGACAACGUCCGUCAGCGUGGUGGAACAUCAGGGAGGCAGGGCUGUGACAACGUCCGUCAGCGUGGUGGGCCAUCAGGGACGCAGGGCUGUAACAACGUCCGUCAGUGUGGUGGGACAUCAGGGAGACAGGGCUGUGACAACGUCCGUCAGUGUGGUGGGACAUCAGGGAGGCAAUGCUGUGACAACGUCCGUCCGCGUGGUGGGACAUCAGGGAGGCAGGGCUGUGACAACGUCCGUCAGUGUGGUGGAACAUCAGGGAGGCAGGGCUGUGACAACGUCCGUCAGCGUGGUGGAACAUCAGGGAGGCAGGGCUGCAUCAACGGCCGUCAGCGUGGUGGACCAUCUGGGAGGCAGGGCUGUGACAACGUCCGUCAGUGUGGUGGAACAUCAGGGAGGCAGGGCUGUGACAAUGUCCGUCAGCAUGGUGGACCAUCAGGGAGGUGAGGCUAUGACAAUGUCCGUCAGCGUGGUGGAACAUCAGGGAGGCGGGGCUGUGACAAGGUCCGUCAGCGUGGUGGAACAUCAGGAAGGCGGGGCUGUGACAACAUCCAUCAGUGUGGUGGAACAUGAAGGAGGCGGGGCUGUGACAACGUCCAUCAGCGUGGUGGAACAUCAGGGAGGCGGGGCUGUGACAAUGUCCGUCAGUGUGGUGGAACAUCAGGGAGGCAGGGCUGUGACAACAUCCGUCAGCAUGGUGCACCAUCAGGGAGGCAGGGCUGUGACAACGUCCGUCAGUGUGGUGGAGCAUCAGGGAUGCAGGGCUGUGGCAAAAUCUGUCAGCGUGGUGGGACAUCAGGGAGGCAGGGCUGUGACAACGUCUGUCAGCUUGGUGUGCCAUCAGGGAGGCAGGGCUGUGACUACGUCCGUCAGCGUGGUGGAACGUCAGGGAGGCAGGGCUGUGACCACGUCCGACAGCGUGGUGGACCAUCAGGGAGGCAGGGCUGUGACAACGUCCGUCAGCGUGGUGGAACAUCAGGGAGGCAGGGCUGUGGCAACGUCCGUCACCGUGGUCGACCAUCAUGGAGGCAGGGCUGUGACAACGUCCGUCAGCGUGGUGAACCAUCUGGGAGGCAGGGCUGUGGCAACGUCCGUCAGCGUCGUGAUACAUCAUUGA